CUUGCAGUCUGCGGGGUAUCUUCUUGAGUAGCGAAGUUCACACGGUGUGUGUUUUUAGUUGCAGAGUGAAUUUCGCUGAGUUUGGUUGUAAACGCCGCGACUGUGUGUUCGCACAUUCCUGUUUGGAUUUGCGGGAUCCUGCCGUCUCCGCGCAGGAUUUACACCUCUUUGUUUCGGAUUGUGGCUUCUUUAUUAUUCGUGGAAAUCUCGCUCCGAAUCACGGGCUCGCUGGUUUGUGUCUGACUUCACUUUCUUGUAUCGUCUAGUAAUCAUUCAGCAUCGCCAACGAAAGUGGAACUUAAGGACUACCUGAACUUGCAACAUGUUGAGUUUUUGGCGGCGGACCCUCGGGCGCCGGUCGAUUCACAAACACGCUGAAAAGGAGCGUCUGCGGGAGGCGCAGAGAGCCUCCACUCACAUCCCUGCAGCAGGAGAAGCCAAGUCCAUCAUCACCUGCCGGGUGUCCCUGCUGGACGGGAUAGACGUCAGCGUGGACCUGCCGAAAAAAGCCAGAGGGGAGGAGCUGUUUGAGCAGAUCAUGUACCACCUGGAUUUAAUAGAGAAGGAUUAUUUUGGGCUCCGCUUUAUGGAUUCUGCUCAAGUUCCGCACUGGCUGGACAAUACGAAGAGCAUCAAGAAGCAAGUGAAGAUCGGACCGCCGUACUGCCUCCACCUCCGUGUGAAGUUCUAUUCGUCGGAGCCCAAUAACCUACACGAGGAGCUCACCAGGUACCUAUUUGUGCUGCAACUAAAGCAAGAUAUUCUCAGUGGAAAGUUGGAAUGCCCCUUCGACACGGCAGUAGAGUUGGCAGCCUUUUCCUUGCAGGCCGAGCUUGGUGACUGUGAUCCUGCGGAGCAGGGCCCUGAGCUGGUGUCAGAAUUCCGCUUCAUUCCUGAGCAGACAGAGGACAUGGAGCUGUCAAUCUAUGAGAAGUGGAAGGAGUGCAGAGGUCAGAUGCCAGCCCAGGCUGAAAUUAACUACCUAAACAAAGCGAAAUGGCUGGAGAUGUAUGGAGUGGACAUGCACACUGUGAAGGCCAGAGAUGGGAACGAGUACAGGUUGGGGCUGACCCCCACUGGAGUGCUGGUGUUUGAGGGAGAGACCAAGAUAGGCCUGUUCUUUUGGCCCAAGAUAACCCGGCUGGAUUUCAGGAAGCACAAGCUCACGCUCGUGGUGGUUGAGGAUGAUGAGCAGGGGAAAGAGCAGGAGCACACGUUCGUGUUCCGCAUGGAUCAUCCCAAGGCUUGCAAGCACCUGUGGAAGUGUGCCGUGGAGCACCAUGCCUUCUUCCGGCUUAGGGGACCAGUCCGAAAAGGAGUGGCCCGGUCCAGCUUCAUUCGCAUGGGGUCCCGCUUCAGAUACAGUGGCAAAACGGAGUACCAGACAACGAAGGACAACAAAGCGCGACGGUCAGCUUCAUUCGAGCGCAGGCCCAGCAGACGCUACUCCAGGAGGGAGAUGCAGUUCAGAGCACAUCACGGGAGCAGAAAUCAAGACGCGAAAGCACAGAACCAUGUCUUUAAUCAGAACAAUGGUGCAAAGGUGCUCAACAAGCGCCCCACCCUGCCCGUCGUCAGUGCAGUGCCUGCCACGCCCAUCCCACUGGAGAUUGAGACCCUCCCCCAGAGCCCAGGAGCCAGCCAAUCGAAGAAGAUGAGCUUGCCCCUGAUUGCUGAUUUGCUAGACAGUCCGGACCUGUUGGAGACUCGCAUUGACGAGGUCAUUCGGGUGCCCGUUACCAUGACAACGACAGGCAUGCCUGAAGAGGAGGGGUCCAGUGAAAACGCAGAAGAGAAUGUGGCUUCGAGCGAGUAUGAAGAUUCUGCAGUGCAAAGGAAGCUGUUAGAGAUCGAGAGCAUUGCUGUGUCUGCUCCUCCCAGAUCCAAUAUCAGUGUUAAUAUGAACAAUCGGGAGGAGGUGGUGAAGCUGACAGAGAAGUCCCUGAACAAUGUGACCAGCAGCCCCGCCGUGGCUCCGAUUCGCCCCCUGGAGGAGCUGAAGAGCAACAUCCUGAAAGCACAGGCAGAGGCAGCUUUGAAGGUAACGAGAGAGGACACUGUGAUGACGGGGGACAAAAACUGCAACCUUCAGGAAACAGUGUCCGGGAAUCUGGUUCUGUUCGGAAGGACAGGGAGCAGUUCUGUCUCCCCACCACCAUCGAGACAGGAGCGGAAGGACUCCAGAGACCUUCUUAGAACCACGGCCGCACCCAGUGAUGAAGUCCAGCCUGUGCCCCUCUCUGAAGAUCACUUUUCUCCUGCCACAGCUUUCUCUGCAGAACCAGACAAGGAUGCCACCAUGACCGUUAAGAGUAAAACAGAGGAACUGGACAGGCUGAUGUCGUCUCUGACUGAGAAUCUGAUCGAUUUUACUGAUGCCACGCCAUUGGCUCAGACCAUGCCAGUAAUGACUCCCAGGUGGAUUCUGCCAGCAAGUACAAGUGGAGUGUUUACCAAUGGUCUCGUAGAAAGUGAUGCCAUUCCCCCUGCCGCCUCCUUCUCCACAGAGAGAGUUCAGCUGAAUCCGGAGUCUCUCUGCCUGACUGCACCAUCAUCGGCGAGUCAGAGGCCUGCAGGGAUUGCUACAAGCUUCGUGAACAAUCAAGUGAAGGAGGACAUGAUGAAGCCCAUGCGCAUGCUGACCACGGAACUCUGAGGAGGACACGCCCCUUUUCUCUAUU